AUGCCAUCAUCUUUAUCAUCUGAUUUGGCGGCUCUAGAGGAGGCUAAGUUUAUCGGUUCCGUCAUGGCGAAAACAGUUGCAUAUUAUCAAAACCGACUAGGCGAAACAUCACGUGCACGAUCUAAACCAAGAAAUCCGCGGUUGCGUAGAAAUCACGAAGCCGGACACUAUCGUCUUAUAGAAGAUUACUUUGCAGAUUACGUCAUCUACACUGUGAAGUUUCAACGUCAGUUCCGGAUGAGGAAGGAACUAUUCUUACGUAUUGUUGGCGAUUUGGAAGGCCGCUUUCCAUAUUUCCAAUGGAAAAUGGAUGCGAGGCGGAUAAAAGGUUUCUCUCCCAUUCAAAAAUGCACGGCUGCAAUUCAUCAGUUCGCAUAUGGCAUGAGCGCAGACAAAUGGGACGAGUAUUUUAGGAUGUCAGAGCGUACCAUGUGGGACUGUGUGUACAAGUUUUACGAUGAACAAAUGAUGCAAUCAAUUCACCACCUGAUGCAAAUCGAUUUCUAG